AUGAAUCAACUGUGCAGAAAUACAAACUUCUGGGACUGGAACCAUACCGUGCGUGGGAGCCAGCCAUUAUUUACUCCAUGUUUUCUGUCCACGGUUCCUGUGUGGGUGAUACACGGCUGGAUAUGGAUUAUCUCCCCUUUCUAUAUGUAUUACCUGUUCAAUACGAAGACAAACUCCAACCCUAUCAACUGGAGAAUCAUUCUAAAGACUAUUCUCCAAGCAGUAAACACGGUGCUCCUGAUUGUACAGUGGGCUCUGGAGUACACGCCUCAGCAUUCUCUCUGGAACGCAGCAGUUUUAGGCUUUACUCUGCAAAUCUGUACACAGAUAUCCCCAUACCUAAUGGUGAGUUGCAUCGAAAGAGGAAAUGAUUUGCCUGUGUUAGAUAAUGUUGGACAGUCCUUGCUUACGAUGAAUGAUGUUGGAGAUAAUGUCCAUCCUGAAUACCAUUUUCCCCAGCAUUCUCUUUUGAGAACUCUAAUCAAAAUGUUUGGUCUGGAGUUCUUAAUGUUUCAUCUACUUGCCAUGGCCAUUGUUGUCUGUAAAAUGAUUAACCCUCAGUUACUCAGAUUACUCCUUGAUUUUAUAGCAGAGCCCCAGGGUGAGAAUAAUCAGCUGUGGUGGGGAUAUUUCCUUGCUGUAUCUCUGUUUCUCGUAUCAGUAACACAAUCCAUGUGUUUCAGCCAUUAUUUAUACACCUCCAUGAACUUGGGCAGAAGAGUCAGCGCUACUCUUAUGUCUGCACUGUAUAAAAAGGUAUUGACAAUCAGCCAUCAUUCGAAGCAGUCCUCAUCAGGAGAAAUCUUGAAUUUGAUGUCAGUUGAUACCUCUACUAUACGAAAUGUUAUAAUGUCUCUUGGAAUAUGGUUUGAAAGCCUUCUGGAGAUCAUACUCUCAAUCUACUUUCUGUAUGACAUCCUUGGCUAUGCCACAUUUGCAGGAUGUGGCGUAUUGGUACUGUUGAUGCCUAUGAAUGUAUUCCUAAGCUCGAGAUUAUUUAUGGUGAUGCAGAAGCACAUGAAACUCAAAGACGACCGAAUAGAUCUCCUAUCAGAGGUGAUCCACGGUAUCAAGGUCUUAAAGCUGUAUACCUGGGAAAUCGUUUUCAAGGACAAAGUUAUUGACAAGAGAAAUUUAGAGUUGAGGAAACUCUUUAAUCUGAAAGUCUUGGAAAGAAUUGUUGAAACCUUUUUCCACAUAACGCCCUUUCUGGUCAUAUCUAUAGUGUUUCUCACAUACAUACAUAUCAGUGAUACACCUCUGGAUGCCAAGAAAGUAUUUGUCUCCCUUUCCCUAUUCAACGUAUUGAAAUACUCCGUUGAUGACUUGAAUUAUUCUGUUCCAUAUAACUUGAAAUUUGUUGUGGCUUUGAAGAGAAUCGAUACCUUUCUAAACAAAAUGGAUAUCCAGGAGGAUAAUGUUGAAAGAUGUCAACAAGGGAAAGCAGUUAAUAUCAUCGACGGGGAGUUUGCUUGGGGCAUCAACGGCAGUUUAUUGAAAGAAGUGAAUAUAGCGAUUCCAGAGGGAGGCCUUGUCGCAGUAGUUGGACAGGUGGGACAAGGGAAAUCUUCUUUGUUGUCAGCCAUUUUGGGGGAAAUGAUAAAAAUAAAGGGAAAAGUCAGCGUCAAGGGUUCCGUUGCGUACGUCCCACAACAAGCUUGGAUUCAAAAUGCAACAAUCCAACAAAACAUUCUGUUUGGAAACAAGAUGGACGACAAACGCUACCGUGAAGUACUGGAGGCGUGUGCUCUCACUCAGGACCUGAAUAUUCUGCCUGCAGGAGAUCAGACAGAAAUAGGAGAAAAGGGAGUCAAUCUGAGUGGCGGACAGAAGCAGAGAGUGAGUCUAGCACGUGCAGUUUACAGUGAGAGGGACGUCUAUCUCCUUGACGACCCACUGUCAGCAGUUGACUCUCAUGUAGGCCGCCAUAUUUUUGAUCAAGUAAUUGGACCAUCCGGUUUACUGACAGACAAGACAUGUAUUCUAGUUACACAUGGAAUGCAGUGGUUACCAAAAGUUGAUAACAUAAUCGUCUUAGUCAAUGGAAAAAUAUCAGAAUCGGGCACUUAUGAAGAAUUGAUUAAUCAUGCUAGGUCGUUUGCUGAAGUUUUAGAGACUUAUUUGCUGGAUACAGAUGAAGGGCACGUUGGAGGGGAGGUGACAGUAAAAGCCUUACAACGAUUGCCGUCAAUGACGUCGAAUGCAACAAAUGGAUCAGCAUUUGAUAUGGGACAGUCCAAAAAUGAUCAAAGUACAGAACAUCUCCAUGUAAAGAGUACUUCAAGCCUUUCUACAGAGAGACUUGCGUCUGUGACUGCAGACAAAGAAGUCAUGGGUGUUAUUAAGUAUAACCUUAUCGAAGAGGAAACAACAGAGACUGGAAAGGUGAAGUGGAAGCAGUUUAUGACCUACUUUAGAACCAUUGGUCUGGGAUAUUGCGUCUUCUUGGUGAUCUUGUAUAGUCUUAGUGAAUGCAUGACUCUACUGGGAAACAUUUGGCUGAGCAAAUGGACAGAGGAUCCUGUUAUAAAAUCGGUCAAAGGAACUAGAAAUAGCAGCAGCAAUGUUCAUGAAAAGAAUAUCUAUUUCAUUGGAAGUUAUUUGGGAUUUGGACUAGGACAAAUAACCUUUAUGGUGUUAUAUGGAAUCGUUUGUUUACUAAGAACAAUCCAUGCAUCUCGUGCAAUACAUGCUAACCUGUUGCACACAACUGUGCGCUGUCCAAUCAGCUUCUUCGACACAACUCCAUCGGGUCGGAUCAUCAACCGUUUCUCUCAGGAUAUGGAAGUAGUGGACACCACGUUACCGCUUGGAUUAGAGAACCUGGUUUUCUGUAUCACAUCAAUAAUAGGAGUUAUGGCUGCCAUUACAUACAGCUCCUCCUGGUUCCUGCUGGCUGUUAUCCCACUCGGCAUGAUAUACUACUUUAUAAUGAGUUUCUACUUGCCAUCAUCAAGACAACUGAGGAGAAUUAUUUCAAUCAAUACAUCACCAAUCUACAGUUAUUUCAGUGAGACCUUGGCUGGUGCUAGUGUUAUCAGGGCAUUUGACAAGGAGAACCAAUUUAUGAUUGAGAUGCAGAAGAAAGUGAAUGACUUUCAUCAGGCUGACUGGGCUGAUAUUGCCAUCAAUGGCUGGAGAAGUGUACACGUAAAGAUGCUGGGAUGUUUGGUCAUUUUAGCGGCCUGUAUGAUAGUUGUAGGAACCAAAGAUAACAUUAGUGCCGGAACGGCUGGACUCUCAGUUACCUACUCUCUAAAUAUAAUAAUCAUGAUGAAUUGGUUGGUAUACGUGCUGACUCUGGUAGAAACUAAUGCUGUGUCGGUGGAACGAAUAGCUGAGUACACAGACAAAGAAUCAGAGGCUGAUCUAUUCAAUAUUGACCACCGACCUUCUGAAGGCUGGCCUUGUCAAGGUCAGGUCACUCUGUCCUCUUACUCCACAAGAUACAGAUCCCAGCUAGAAUUGGUACUGAGAAAUAUCAAUGUCACCGUCAAACCAGGUGAAAAGGUUGGAAUUGUGGGAAGAACAGGGGCAGGUAAAUCUUCCUUGGCUCUGGCUCUGUUCCGCUUGAUAGAACCAGUCUCUGGGGACAUUGAGAUUGAUGAAGAAAGAUUAAUAGAUCUAGGGCUUCAUGAUUGCAGGUCUAGCCUGACCAUUUUACCCCAGGACCCUGUGUUGUUUUCUGGUACCCUGAGGAUGAACGUUGACCCUAUGGAUGAGUACAUGGAUGAAGAGAUCUGGAAUGCCUUAGAGCAUGCUCAUCUGAAGUCAUACGUUCAGUCUCUCCCUACUGGUUUAGACUCAGAGUGCGGGGAAAGGGGAGAUAAUCUCAGUGUCGGUCAAAAACAACUAGUUUGUUUGGCAAGGUCUCUACUUAGGAAAACAAAAAUUCUAAUUCUGGAUGAAGCAACGGCAGCAGUUGAUUUGGAGACAGAUGAUCUGAUACAGAGGACAAUACGCGAGGAGUUCCGAGAAUGCACAGUGCUGACCAUUGCGCACAGACUUAACACAGUGAUGGACUAUGACAGGAUCAUUGUUCUUGAGAAAGGACAUGUGCUGGAGUAUGAUACACCACAGAAUCUUUUGGCAGACGACAAAACUCUUUUCUAUGAACUGGCCAAACAUGCUGGAAUAGUUAAAUAAUAUAAAAAUUACGUUUUUGUGUUUUGAGCUAUCUUGAUUUGAUAUAUUUCUUCCUGUUACACGAUGAUGUCAUAUGUAUGUUUCUUUAUAAAGAAAUGAUGAAAA